AUGCUUAACAAGGCCGUAAGUGCUGGAAGAAUUGGCUAUCAUCCUUGGUGCCGUGAGGUCAACCUCUCCCACUUGAGUUUCGCAGAUGACAUUGUGGUCUUUAAUGAUGGUUCUCCGGCGUCGCUUGAAGGCACCCUUAAAGUGUUUGAUGACUUUGCUCUAACUUCGGGUCUGACAGUCAACAUUGCAAAAUCCACAGUCUUUGCAGCGGGUCGGGGGAAGCGGUCUUCAGAAGCAGUAGCAACUCGAAUGGGAUUGUCCGUCUCUGCGCUCCCAAUAAAGUAUCUUGGGCUGCCCCUCACGACCAAGAUAAUGUCUUGGAGUGAUUACGAGCCGCUUCUAAUGAGGAUAAGGGACAGGUUCCUAAGCUGGACAAGCUCUGCCCUAGCUUAUGCAGGUCGCCUUCUUUUGAUAAAAUCAGUGAUUGCUAGCAUCACAAAUAUUUGGUGCGCAGCUUUCUGCUUGCUACAAGGUUGCAUUGAUGAAAUCGAGAGCAUGUGCUCUGCUUUCCUUUGGAGUGGCUCUCCGAAUGUCACCAGCAAAGUAAAGGUUUCUUGGGAGGACGUUUGUUGCCCAAAGAAGAAGGAGGUCUUGGAAUUCGAAGAGUAA